CUGCUCUCUGUGCCCAGAACUGAGCAGGUGAGCAGCUGAGGCAGAGGGCUGCAGAGUAGGUGAUGGCAAGCAUGGCUGCAGUUCUGACCUGGGCUCUGGCUCUCCUCUCAGCGUUUUCAAUCACCGAGGCACGGAAAGGCUUCUGGGACUAUUUCAGCCAGAGCAGUGGGGACAAAGGCAGAGUGGAGCAGACCCGGCGACAGAAGCUGGCACGGGAGCCUGCGAGCCUGAAGGACAGCCUUGAACAAGACCUCAACAAUAUGGACAAGUUCCUGGAAAAGCUGGGCUCUCUGAGUGGGCAAGAGAGGGAGCCUCCCAGCCUCCCGCACGACCCGGUGGGCAUGCGGCAGCAGCUUCAGGAAGAGCUGGAGGAGGUGAGGGCGCGCCUGGAGCCCUACAUGGCGGAGGUGCACGAGCGCGUGGGCUGGAACCUGGAGGGGUUGAGACAGCAGCUGAAGCCCUACACCACGGACCUGAUGGAGCAGGUAGCCCUGCGCGUACAGGAGCUACAGGAGCAGUUGCUCUUGGUGGGAGAGGACACCAAGGCCCAGCUGCUGGGGGGCAUGGACGAGGCGCGGGGCCUGCUGCAGGAACUGCAGAACCGCGUGAUGCACCACACAGGCCGCGUGAAGGCGUUGUUCCACCCGUACGCCCAGCGCCUGGUGACAGGCAUCGGGCACCACGUGCAGGAGCUGCACCGCAGCGUGGCGCCGCACGCUGCCGCCAGCCCUGCACGCCUCAGCCGCUGUGUGCAGGUGCUCUCGCGCAAGCUCACGCUCAAGGCCAAAGCCUUGCACGCGCGCAUCCAGCAGAACCUAGACCAGCUGCGCGAAGAGCUCAGCGCCUUUGCCAGCGCCAGCACUGACCACGCGGAGGAAGGGCCGGACCCGGAUCCCCAGGUGCUGUCCCAGGAGGUGCGCCAGCGACUCCAGGCUUUCCGCCACGACACAUUCCUGCAGAUCGCCGCCUUCACCCGCGCGAUUGACCAGGAGACGGAGGAGGUCCAGCUGCAGUUGGCACCGCCUCCACCAGGUCACAGCGCGUUUGCCCCUGAGUUCCUCCAAGCCGACAACAGCCAGGCCCGGAGCAAGCUGCAGGCCCGUCUGGACGACCUGUGGGAAGACAUAAACUAUAGCCUUCAUGACCAUGAUUCCGGCCAUCUGGGGGAGCUCUGAGGGUCUAUUUGCCCAGGCCCACUUCCCAGCUCCUUGUCUGGGAGACCAGGACCUAAGUCCCUAGCAUGGCUCAGUCCUUAACAGUGGCCUAUUGGGCAGAGGGUAGAGGGCCCUGCACAGGAUAGUGAGGCCACCGAAGGGGCUGUUGUCCCCUGCAUAUCCAGCCUCCUGCAAUUCCCCAAUCCGGAUGCAUUACACUCACCAGGCUUUGCAAACCCUGCUUCCCAUGCUCAUUUGGGAAUCCUCAUGAGUUGCUCCAUUUCGAGUUGGCUGGAGUAGGAAGGGAGAGAGGCACUCUAUGAAAGGGUAAUUAUGUGCAAGCCUGUUGCCAUGGUGCUGGGAGCCUGUGCCUUUUCAUGCCAGAGCUUGACUCUGAUCGCUUCUGGCCCCCUGGUGGCCACAGCAGGUCCACAGAGAGGAGCUCUUUUCUCCCCAGGGCUGCCAUGACAGCUUCUGUUGGGGGAAGAGAAGAGAGAAAGGAGGAAAAUAUGAUGAGAGCAUGUGAUGAUGCCUGUGUGUGUGUGUGUGUGUGUGUGUGUGUGUGUGUGUGUGUAUCCCUGCUGGCUUUGAUGCUGGUGGGUACAAAUGGUGGGAGUUAUGAUGGGAGGGAGCCGAGCCUGUGUUUCCUUACAUAGCUCUACAUUUAAACAGCUGACCAAGCCCUCCAAACUGUGGGGGCUUCUUAAACCCUCUGGGGAGCAUACUGUGUGCCCUCCCCAUUUCUGGCCCCUCCCUCCCGACUCCCAGGCUGAAGUCUAGACUUCUGACUCAAAUUAAAUAGAUGCCUAUAAUGGAA